AGCCGAGCCGAGCCGAGCCGCGAGGUGCCUGGGAAAGGCAGGCAGAGCCUGCCGGUGGCUCCGCACCCAUCGUGCUGCGUUUCCCGGAUCGCUGUCUCCCUGCCUUUGCCCAGGCGCCCGCAAAACUUUUAUUGUCUCGGGCUCCCCCGGGGUGUGUGACGAAAUCGCAGCGCUCCGCUGUCGCCACGCUCGCCGGCACCGGCGAUCGAGGGGACGUGCAACCCUCGCCCGCCGCCGGGCUCUUGCGCCCUGCGCUUCCUCACCUGCAGAUUGCUCCCGGGAAUCGCGAGGGGGACCCCCAAAAGGACCGCGCGGGCGUCGGCUCCCCGAAAUCCUGUUCACCGUUGCGGACCGGCUCGGCGCAACUUUAACUUGAUUCCCGUCGCCCACCCAGGGCACCCGCGGCGGCCGCCGCCGCCGCCGCCGUCGCUGCGGUCUCACAAAGAGCGCGGGGAAGGAAGGCGGCGCGGGCGGCGGGCACGGGCCUCGGGGCUGCCUAGACAAAAGGGAAACUGCCAUCGCUCUGGGCGCCUGUUCCGACCCGUCGUGGGUUCAUCCUCCCGGCCCGGGCUGCCUCUUCGCCUCGGUCCCUGCGGGCUUUGCCCGCAGAGCUCGGACUCCGCGAGCUGCGGGGCGCGCGUCGCUGCUGCUGGUUGGGGCUCUAGGGAUAAUAAAUGAUAGAGGAUACAAUGACUUUGCUGUCUCUGCUGGGUCGCAUCAUGCGCUACUUCUUGCUGAGACCCGAGACGCUUUUUCUGCUGUGCAUCAGCUUGGCUCUGUGGAGCUACUUCUUCCACACCGACGAAGUGAAGACCAUCGUCAAGUCCAGCCGGGACGCGGUGAAGAUGGUGAAGGGCAAGGUGGCCGAGAUUAUGCAGAACGAUCGCCUUGGAGGACUUGAUGUGCUGGAGGCCGAGUUUUCCAAGACCUGGGAGUUCAAGAGCCAUAAUGUGGCGGUGUACUCCAUCCAGGGCCGGAGAGACCAUAUGGAAGAUCGCUUCGAAGUUCUCACCGAUUUGGCCAACAAGACGCACCCGUCCAUCUUCGGGAUCUUCGAUGGGCACGGCGGCGAGACUGCAGCCGAAUACGUAAAAUCUCGGCUCCCAGAGGCGCUGAAGCAGCAUCUUCAGGAUUAUGAGAAAGACAAAGAAAACAGUGUUCUGUCUUACCAGAGCAUUCUGGAGCAGCAGAUCCUGUCCAUAGACCGAGAAAUGCUGGAAAAGUUGACGGUAUCCUAUGACGAAGCAGGCACAACGUGUUUGAUUGCUCUACUGUCGGAUAAAGACCUCACCGUGGCCAAUGUUGGUGAUUCUCGAGGAGUCUUGUGCGACAAGGACGGGAACGCCAUUCCCUUGUCACAUGACCACAAGCCUUACCAGCUGAAGGAGAGGAAGAGGAUAAAGAGAGCUGGUGGAUUCAUCAGUUUCAAUGGCUCCUGGAGGGUCCAGGGAAUCCUAGCCAUGUCUCGAUCCCUGGGAGAUUAUCCACUGAAAAAUCUCAACGUGGUCAUCCCAGACCCAGAUAUCCUGACCUUCGACCUGGACAAGCUGCAGCCCGAGUUCAUGAUCUUGGCAUCAGACGGUCUGUGGGAUGCUUUCAGCAAUGAGGAGGCAGUCCGAUUCAUCAAGGAGCGCUUGGAUGAACCGCACUUCGGAGCCAAGAGCAUCGUCCUGCAGUCCUUCUACAGAGGCUGCCCCGACAACAUCACAGUCAUGGUGGUGAAGUUCAGGAAUAGUAGCAAAACGGAAGAGCAGUGAGCCCCACAGGCUCUCAGCUGCCCUAGACCAGAGGACUCUCGACACACUGUUCUCUUAAUAUAGGAAAAGGUGUGGGAUUUAUAAUUAGGAUCAUGUGUCCCAACAAAGAGCCCCUUCCCUGGCGACCUUGAAUCCCUACCAGGUGGUGAGCAGGGAGUUCCCUGGCUGACACUGUGGAGGGGCUGGAAAGAGUCUGUGUCCCCCCAGCCCUUCUCACCAGUGUUUGAAAUGCAUCUAUAGGUAGCCAUCGAUCCCCAGAUAUGAGGCAAAAGAAGACAGGCCAUGUAUUCCCCUUAACGUGCUUUUCAUGAUCUUUUCUCUGGUCCUUCAGCUUCCUUGGUGUCCUCUCGGCACCCAUGGGCAGGGCAGGCCUGUAGCUGCAGGCCCCAUGCCAGGGCAUCUCCUGACGAUGUGGUGGUGGUACCCUCUGCCUAGCAGAAACACUUUCCCCUUCUGAGCUUGUGAUUUCAGUACUCCAGCAGCCUGUGGAGGAGACUCACAACACUUUAUUAUUUGUUGCCUGCUCUUGGAGACUGAGGGAUGCAGAGAGGAUGGGGAGCUGGUGGCAGCUUCCUGCACCCCAGACAGCACCCCUUCCCCUCCUUUUCCUCAUUAGUGCCAGGAUGCAGUUAACCAGCCUGUGCCUCGCCCAUGGAGCACAGCGUUCCCAUUUGCCCACACCUCAGAGCGCAUCAAGGGCAGCCGCUGACUUCACCAAGAACCCACAGAAAGGAAUGAAACAGGGUGACGAGCACAUGACAGCGCAGGGUGACUGUCCAUCCCCAGUGAGGAAUAAGGCUGAGUUGAGUCUCAGUGCCCUGUGGAGAUGCACUGUCCACAUUGGAGAGGCAGGCAUGAGCCCUGGGAAUCUCCACUCCACCCUCACCAGCUUCUGCUUUUCUGCACAGCCUUCCCGAGCCCGUCCCGGUGGCUUUCAGAUCUUUCCAACAGUGUUGGGAGAAACAGCAGCCUAGAAUCGCCCAAGUGCUGUUCCCAGCCACCCCAAAUUGGUAUUUGGCUGCAAACCACUGAGACAUGCUUUUGGGCAAGAGAAAGGCCUUUCAUCUUUGGCUGCAAAUCUCUGUCCAUACCCAGUAGCGUUCCCCAGGCAAACACCAACGGACUGCGAUAGCCUGGAGGGAAAAUAGCAGACUGGCUUCUGGGGGCCCUGUGUGCGCUGACAGCAGAGCUGGCUGGGAAGGCAAGCAAGACGGUUAUCUGGGGGCCUGGAUUGCUGCUCUGCCCUUCCUAACACCAAAGCUGUGGGGGUUUCCCCGGUCUCUGCUUUAUAAGUUGAUUGACAGAACACAGUAGGCUGUUCUUGACCGAACCAGCCCCAAACAACCACGAUUUUCACUGUAGACCCACGCCCGGAGCCCACCUGGUUUUCUUUCUCAGGGUGGGUGUUGUCAGCAUGGCCUCUCAAGGCCCACCCAUUAGCCAUCCCUGCCCCGCUGCCCAGCCCUCUGUCCAAAGCCCAGAGGACGAAAGGGUACCUUGGACUCCGGGGACUGCAGACUGUCUCGACUCCUCCAGGAACUUGCUUUUCUUUGACUGCAUUGAGAAUUAAUAAUGGUUUCCCAGGGAACUUGCUUACUUUUGUAUCCUGUGUUUUCAACAUUGGAAUUGGGGUCUUAGUUACUGCUUUUCAGAAUGUUUUAGUGCAAAAUGCAUUCUCUCGUGUUACAUGAGUGCACUGGCCUGUGGCGACACAGACACAUGGAUGUAUAUUCUGGGUCAAGUGGGAAGAGAGGAAACAGAUGUGGGUUCAGUGACGGAGACACGCUUCUUGAUUUGGGAUGCUCUAGAGUCCCCACAGCGCUUCUUCUGAAGCUCCAGAUUUGACGGUCCAUUGCACAACUUCUUCUUUUGAUUUUGUAUUUGCUUAACACGAAAGUGUAUAAAACAAGAGGAAAAAAUAAUUUGAGAAACAUUUAUUGUAAAGAAAAAAUGAAAUAAUGUUUUGGUGAAGAAGAAAAAAAAAGGAAGCUACCAAAGUAGCCCACUGGUAUUCCUUGAGCACGCAGGCGGUGCUGCCUGCACUAGUUACAAUACCUUCUACUUGAGGCUAUGGGCAGCUUGUGAAUUUCACUCUGAAGACGUAACUUACUUCUAACUGCAACCAAAUAGAGUAUAUAUAUGAUAUAUAUGUGUAUAUAUAUAUAUCAUAUAUAUAAAUAUAAAUUUCAUAUUCCUUUCUUGCCUCUUCCCCUCCCCCAUGGCUUGUAGACUUUUUUAAAGAUAGAUAUGCUAAGCAGGAUAGUAGCGGUUUGAUGAAUAGUUACAUAUAAACCAGAGUACCCUUGCCCUUCCCUGGUCCUCCUAGAAUGCUCCCUUCUGACCUGUGUCCAGCUGUGGGGAGUCUGCAGUUGGUUAUGGCUGGGCACACUGGCCACCCCCGUCCUCCAGCAGAUCUGUCAGGGUGGCUCUAGCUGCAGGAGAAAUGGAUCUGAGGGAGAACUUGUGAGGCUUCCAUCAACAGCACUGCCAAAGCUUGGGGAUCAUCCCCCAAGGCUGCCCGGACUCCCUGCCCAGCCUGAGUUCGAAUUGCCAAUCGUCCCCACGGUGCCAAAUCUCGGGAGGGUUUUACAGUGUUUCAGAAAUACAGCUGAUGCCAGUCCCAGGCCCCGCUAACCACUCCGCUGCUGCUUUCCUGGCAAUUUGUGCUCUUCAGGUGGGGGAGGGGGAGGGAGGGAGGGCAAGGAAAGGGUUUUUAACAAUUCACUGCAUUUGCAGUUACCUAAACAUAUAAAUAAACUAUACUAACCUAGAACAACUCAAAGCUCGUCCCCAGGAUCUGUAUUUUUUUAUAAUGUGACCAACUUGCCCCAGCCAAUCUGGAUCACUGACGUACCACGUGACUGUAUGUGCUCACUCCCAGUGGCCACUGUUAACUUCUGUUCCUUGCUGUGACCCAGAGGGACUGGCCUCUUGAAUCUGUUAUGUGUCAAGAACAUUGCCAAGAGGAGGUUCCAGCAUAGAGCUUCUGCAGGCUAGAUAUCUCAGGCAUGCUUUGUGGCACACAAGUGUAGCGAUUUGGACAUUCCGCGCGGGGGGGGGGGGCUGGUGUUGCUGCUCUGACCCUCUCUGAAGUGGCUCCAGGGAACCAGCUCCACUGUUGCCUAGAGUGUCUGGAAAUGCACGAAGACUCACCAAAGGUGUGACCUCUCUUUCCUUUGCCAGGUGCACUUUAUCUCUCCUGUGUUUUUGUUGUUUCUCUUCUUCAUCAUCUUCUUGACUUCAGAAAUGCUUUUCCCUCCUUUGGCCCACUGUUACAUAAUCUUCCCAGAGUCGACACACAGAACUGCCUGGGUCUGUCACAGCAGCAUCCCUGUUUAGCUUUGGAAAAGAUGCCAGUCCCAUGCACCCCCCCUCCCCCCGUGGAGGCUGUAAAGUGUAAAAUGUGAGCUGCUUCUGACUAAAUCACACACACACACAUGCGCGCACGCGCGCACCCCUGUCAAGUCUGGCAGCUUAUAAGCCUUGGCCAUAUUUCCCUAGCCAUUAUCCUCUGCCUGGUCAAUUUGCUUCGGAAGCUGUGGCAGGUAACCCCAAAACAAUGGGUGAAACAGGGUAAAUCUGGGGUAAAGUCACUAACUUAAAAUUGCAUCCAACAUUUUGGGGGAUAUACCACCUAUACAAUAUAAAAUAGUAAAAACUAAAACUAAAAAUAGCAUCCCUUAGGCUAGGUUGCAGAUUGCAAAAGGGCAAGGGCCAGUUGGUAUAGUGAGGUCCAUAGGUAUGUUUCGAAAUGUUCCCUAAUACAGAAGCUUUGGGAGAUUCUUAGUAACACUGGGGCUUUGUCCAUCAUCUGUUUGAUUUACCACUGCUAAGCUACAUAUGUUAAGCCAGGUGUUGUAAUCAUUUCAUACGUCUGGUAAUAACUAUACGGUAGAAUCUGAGUUAAUGUCAGUGAGAAGAGCAUGUGCUAUUCAUUUUGGCAAGUCAUCAGGGGCAUUUCUGCUGUUCAGAAUUACACCAGGAAACCAGCAUGAAGCAGAGCAACAGACCACAUUUAGGGCUAUAUUCCCAUUUGUUCCUGAAGUCUUAAUAUUGUUUAACCAUAAAAUCCUUACACAUUUGCUACACUGAAAUGAAUUUUGAAAGCCUCCAAAGACCGGCAUCCAGCACAAGCAGAAUACUUAAUGGUUCUGGUAGCAGCUUGGGGCUAGCAGGUUUUGAGGAGGGGCAGGAAAAUCGGCUGUUUCCUCUCUGUGUCUCAGCCCACGAGGAACUUCAUCAGUCACACGUUCUCACAACACUACAGACAAUCCAGAUGUUGAAUGAGAGAGCAUGCAUCCUUCUGACAAUUUAUUUAGCUCAUUCGUAAUUUAAAGUGUGUUUAUGAAGAAGCAAAGGCAGAAGCCGUGGUCCAGGGAUGGAGCGGCGGGGCCUGAGUUCAGGGAAACUGAACAAGGCUCAUCUCAGCUGUGGCUCUGCAGGUGCCUUUGGAUAGUGACUUUGGCUCCUGUACAAAAAGCAUGGUGGAGGCAGGGGGGUGCUAUUCUUGAAGACAUUAACUCAUACUUUUAAAAAGAAGCCUGGAUUUUCAACAGUGAAGGUGUGAACAGAGCCCCUGCUCCCUAUUGUCCCAGUGAUCUGGUAGACAUCUCUCACCCAGCACGGCCCUAAGCAUGCCACUGUCUUCUAUUCCUGUCCAAACCCUGGAUGUGGUUUUUCUUAGAACUUUCUCAUUUUCAGAGUAAUGUCCCUUUUUAUACUAACAGAGAUGGAAUAGCUUGAACAUGUGGUAAUUUUUCAGAUAUCAGCUAUCAACAGGAAAAACAAAGAUGACCUGGUGAAUAACAGGCAGUUUCAUGGAAAUAAAUUGUGGGGUAAUUUAGUACUCGUCAUGCAAUACAAAGUUAUGCUGCUCUCAUCGUUCUUAACAUAGAAAUCAUGGGUUAGACAUCUUUAUGUUGGGAUGAUUGACAGUUUUAAAUCUGCCUCAACCUGGGCUAGGGCAAAGAGGGACUGAUUAGAACGAUACAAAGAAUUCUGCCGUAUGAGGGGAACCUAAACCCUAGAACAUUAAACGAGAAUAUAAUACUCAGGCAGUGGUGGCACAUGCCUUUAAUCCCAGUACUCGGGAGGCAGAAGCAGGCCGAUCUCUGUAAGAUUGUGGUCAGUCUGAUCAACAGAGCGAGUUCCAGGACAGCCAGGGCUACACAAAGGAACCCUGUCUCGAAAAAAGAAAACAAAACAAGAAGAGUAUUAUACUCUCAUACGGGCUCCCGGUUUCUGUAUCUCUCUCAUCUGGACCGCUGUAUCUUAAGACACACAUUCAGGAAGUUGAAAAAAAAUGCCACAACUCCGUUUCAGAGCUCCUAAAUUUUUAGCUCUUACCACGUUCUUUUAAAGCUGUGGCUGUAUGAGCGAGACUAGGACUGUCUUGCCUAUGUCCUCCCAAAGGGAGAGGGGAAAGUUAGGACGGGGAGUGUUCAGGGGCCAGGGAGAGGGGACAGGGCUACUCCGAGGGAGGGACAAUGCUUAAAGUCUGAUAAUCCCCAUUUCUGGCAACUGUCUAGUUGUGUUGAGCGCCGCCCUCCCCAGGUUCCCCGCCUGUUGUUUACCUCUGUUUCUAUAGGAACACCUUUUAGACCGCGGGUUGUCUAUCAUAGAAACCAUCUGAUAAUGCAUGCCUUCACACUUAGCCUGUGCACUGCUCUAUCACAGAAGGCGAGAGAAUGUGGCGGACCAGCGCUCAGGCCUGAGGAGGACAGUGGUGGGCACAGUCUCAGCUGUGACCUGGUAGAAGCCCGGCUGCCUGCCCUCCAGGGAGUGAGGACAGGGAGGAAUGAGAACUGGGCCGUGUGCUUUUUCUAUUUCUGAUCUCAAGAGACUAUAAACUGUAAUGAUCUCAUGCCCCAAAAGAUAACUGACUAUGUAGAUAGAGAAUUUGUCAUUUGGAAAGCUAGCAUAUGUCAGGAGUACAAUUACUUCAAAUGCAAAGAAACACUAAAUGACAGAUUUUUUUAAACAAUAAUAACAUAAAUGGUCUCUUCUCUUAGCAUUACACAUUCCAAAUUCUAAACAUACGAUUUUAAGUUUUAUACUUUGAACAAGAAUAAUAAAAUCUGUAUGGGGAAGGAACCAAAAAAGUCAGACUUUUUUUUUUAACCAAAGAAGCAUCACCUUUAACGUUUGCCAACCCCACCCUUCCCUAAGCUCUUUGAACCGCGAGUUACAGUCCUUUUGCCUUGGCAGAGCAGACCCGUAAGAACCAGCCUCUCGCUGCACUCUGUGGAGUCAGCUGUUGUUGUUAAUCACGAGCACUUGCAGAAGAACCAGCUUCUACAAGAUUAAGACUGUAGGUGGGGCCGAGUGUUUAAUAAAGGAGGAAGAGGAAGGGGAAGAGACACUACUAGCUGCGCAGUAGUUUCUGUGAGUGGUACCGCAGCUCAACAGUUCUGAGGCCAGCCUGUGCGGACUGUGGAAAUGCUGGCUUUGUAUAAGCUGUUCUUGAGAUCCGUUUGACAUCAUGGAAUUCUUCGCAUUGGCAGCAUUUCCUUGCUACUUUAAAUGUCAGAAGGGGUUGUUUAUCAGAAGGCACCAAGAUCCUCAAUGUAUCUACCAGCCAUGUUUAAAAACUCCUGACAUUAUGUUUAAGGAUGAAGUCACAGGUCGGUGUGACAGCUGCAUCAACCAGGCUUUCUGAAGUCAAUUCCUAAAACCCAUCUGUAUAUCAAAACCUUGCAGGAACCUCAGAGUGCUGGGGGCUACUUAGAGCUUUUCACUUGUACUGUUUAUACCUGUUUCUGAGACACGUGAGGAACAAGGCUGCAGUGGGUUUGGGAGGAGCUCAGAGCCAGUGGCAAUGUAGUCACUCAAGAUGCAUGGCGUGUCAUUUGGUCCCUAUGAUGUACUGGGUACAGUUGACAUUGUAGAGAUUGCUGUGCUCACGCAAUCACUAAUUCUAUGUUGUAUACAAAAUGAACAGCUGAAGGAGAGAAGGCAAACACAUUAAAGCUAUUAAACUGUUUGCUCCUACUAUUUUUUCCUUGGACUAGACUCAUUUUCUGUUCUAAUGUCUGUUUGGAAAAUAGGUGGUUUUGAGUUUUGGCUGGUUUGGGGUUUUACAGAAAAUCAUUUCAUGGGAGGAGGCCACCUAAACAUAACAGACACAAGCGGGAAGAGCUGCUGGCAGUUGGGAUCAGGGGUGAGCCUGGCGAUGGUUCAAAAUCAGCAAGAUUUUAAAUGCAUACAACGUAAGUGAGUUCGAGGCCAAGCUGGUCUACAAGAGCUAGUUCCAGG